AUGAACCGCGUGCUGCAGCUGCCGCUGGGCGCCAGCGCCCCGCCCGUCGUGGAGAGCUACACGCUGGGCGACGUGCUCAUCUGCAAGGCCAACCGCGGCAAGCUGCUGGAGGUCGAGCACCUCGUCCAGACGCUGCACGCGGACCACGGGUGCUCGGCGCUGCAUGGCGCGGCGGCGUCCGGCCAGCUGGACGUGGUGCAGUGGAUGGGCGCGCACUGCAGCGUGGACUGGAGCGCCACGGACCACGACGACCAGACGGCGCUGCACUACGCGGCGUUCUACGGGCACCUCGAGGUUGUGCAGCUCCUGGUGGAGCACGGUGUGCCGCUGGACGCGCCCGACAAGUUCGGCCGUCUCGCGCACUGCUCCGCGGCGAUCAACGGACACCUGGACGUGGUGGCGUACCUGCUGGAGGAGUGUCCGCGCCCCAUCGACAUCAACGCAGUGGAUGAGUAUGGUGGAACGUGUCUGCAUUGGGCGGCGUCGAAGGGACGGAAGGAGGUCAUCCAGUACCUUUGCAUGAAGGGCAUUGACAUCCACAUCACGAGCUAUGACAACAAGACGGCGUACCAGAUCGCCAAGGACAAGCACAAGCAGAAAUGUGUGCAGUUCCUGAAGAGCUGGUACGAGACGUCGCAGCAGAAAUUCGUCCACGCGGCUGAAGAGGGCGAUGACGAAGAAAUUGCGCGAAUCAUUGCUGACAUUAAUGGAGCGUAUCCCUUGCGGUUUAUGCGUGACAAGAACGGCAAAAACGCGAUGCAUUGGGCUGCAGAGUUCGGUCACUUGUCAACGUUGAAACUCCUGAGCGAGCACUUCACGGUCUGGACGGAUGUCGACAAGUUCGGACGCAAUGCCUUGCACAGCGCCGCUCUAGGUGGCAACAAGGAGUGCGCGUUCUGGCUUAUUCGAAAGUCUCGCGAUGCGGCGGAGUUUCUCUCUCUGACGCUAACGAACAAGAGUCCGUCGCGCUGUGCGUUUGAGGCCGGUCACAGUUCGCUCGCGAACUAUUUGCAAGCGUGGGAGGAAGGCAAUGAUGACUACUCUACGAACGACGAGACGUCGACAUCGAUGUUAGAGUACGAUGGCGGCCGGCCCGUGGGCGAUGAAGAGGAGAACGUCGCUCCUCGCAGAAAUAUUGAAACGGUGUAUAACUGGCUCAAGUUCUUCAAAAUGGAAGAAUACGCGCAGAAUUUUGAAAAGGAUGGAUUUGAUACGCUACGGGGAGUAGCUACGAUCGAUGAAGAGGACCUUAUCGACAUGGACGUGAAGAAGGGUCACCGACGGGUGGUGCUUUCUCAUAUCGAGGAGCUGCGCAAUCAGCUUUCAAUGCUCGACGAGAACGCGCAAGCGAUUCCUCAUCGAACAGAGCGACGAGGGUCAAUCACAGCGCCUCCCCUAGCAGCGGAUGUGUAG